AUGGUGGUAGUGGAGCCAACCAAAAGUAUCGUGCUGAAUGCCAAGAAAAUCACGGUGAUACCAGAAAAAUGCGAGGUGUUCGCGGGCGAUCAAAAACUGGACAUUGAAAAUGUGACGGAUCAUGAAAGGCUGGAGAAGCUGGAGUUCACUCUGAAGCAACAACUGGAAAAAGACCAGAAAAUUCUGCUCAAGGUUGUCUAUAGCGGCCUCAUUAGCGACACCCUCGGUGGACUGUAUCAGGCUACUUACAAAGACACAGAUGGAACGACCAAAAUCGUCGCAGUCUCUCAAAUGGAGCCAACAGACGCUCGUCGAAUGGUGCCGUGUUUUGACGAGCCGAGUUUCAAAGCCAACUGGACAGUAACAAUAGUUCAUCCAAGAGGUACAACAGCCGCAUCGAAUGGCAUAGAAACUAACGGUGAAGGGUCAGUAGAAGUUUUAUCAAAAGCGUCUUGA